AUGGCAUUGAUCGUUUCCGACAAGGCCUGUGGCAGGACGGACAAGCAACUCUCAAGUGAGGAGCAUAUGACACUGAAUGACGAUGUCGCCCGUGAUGCUCUCCUGCCUGGCUUGGCUCAGACCUCCCAGCAUCUCUCAGCUCAGUGGCACCAUGCUCAGUGUUGCAUAUCGCAGAUGGGCAAAUGCGGCAUGGUAGAAUCAUCAGACCUGAUGGCCCAGUUGCACUGCAUGACGUUUGAUUUCAAUGCACCCUCUGGGCUGUACUUGGCAAGGCCUUUCCAAAAUGCAAGAUGCUGUUCGCCCUCGGCCGGCAGAGCACGAUGCUCCCGUUUCGGAGCGCUUCCUAAAGCCUGGUUGCAGCGUUUGCAGCUCCCUACGCAAGGCGGCAUCCUGGAUUUGUGCAAGGCAUUCCGAGAUGGUUGUCUUUGUCACGAAACGUUGACGGGGUAUGUGCAGCUCAGCGACUAG